AUGGCCACCCAUCCCACGCACUCCCACACGGGUACGCCCCUGCCGGCGAUCCUGAUGCUGCACGGCGGCGGGUCGAACAGCACGGUGUUCAAGAUCCAGUGCCGGCGGCUGCUCUGGAACCUGGAGAAGCAGUUCCGGUUCGUGUUCGUGCAGGCGCCCAUCGAGGGCACACCCGGGUUCGGCAUGCUGCCGGUGUUCGCGUCCUGCGCGCCCUUCUACCGGUGGGUGACCCGCAAGUUCAAGGCGGGCGAGAGCGAUCGCGAGCCCACGCCGCGCGAGGAGGUCGAGGCCCUGGACCGCAUCAUCCUCCGGGCCAUGGAGGAGAAUGGCGGCGUCGACAGCUUCGUGGGCGCCAUUGGCUUCUCGCAGGGCGCGCGCCUCGUGCCGGGUCUGCUGCUCCGCCAGAAGAUCGAGGAGCGCGACAGCGGGCGAGGACAAAGUCGCUGGAAAUUCAAGUUCGGCGUGAUGAUCGGGGGCCCCUUCCCACCCAUUUCCCUCAGCGAAGACGUCGACGUUGCCGACUACGAGCUCCUCAAGCAGGUGCCCACGGUGCACGCGUGGGGCCGCGACGACCACGUCAAGCCCGGCUGCCUCGAGCUGAUGAAGGCCUGCGACAGCGACCACUGCUUCCAUAUGGACUUCGAGGGCGGCCACCACCUGCCCCUCAAGGACGUCGAGGCCAAGGACCUGUGCGAUCUGAUCAUGGCCGCGUGGUAUGCUGCGGGGGGAACCUACGGGGUCAGUGCUGACGAGACGUAUUGA